AUAAAAAUCAUUCUACCGACAUUCUACGACAUCUAGUGAAUGUGAAGUUACUACAUGAAUUAUUUGCGUUAAAAGUUUAAGGUCAGUAACAAAUUAGGUGAGUCAUGGUGGUAUUAUCGGAAAGAACGAGCAUACGUCAACGUCAAAUCGGAUUAUUUACAAUUUUCUCGAAUUUUUUGUAAAUUGUGUGUGAUCGUAUUAUUUGAAUAUAUUUUAUCAUGUGUUUCAAUAAUCAUUUGAAUAACAGUAUGAAAAUCUAUCAUUAACGUUUGAUUACGAAAUUGUUAAGUUUGUUGCUUGUACAGAAUUAUAUUGUUGUAAUCAUGAGUGAUCGUGUGAAAAGCAAUCCUUUUGUUGGAUUAUUUUCUACCAUUGAUGAUGCUUUAUUGUAUUCAAUACAAGCUAGUGAAGCAAACAAUGAUAAUAAUGAGAAACAAUAUAUCGAAGAGAAUCAUGACAAGGAUAAAGAAUUAUUAACUAAUGAAGAAUCUGAUGAGUAUCAACUGAAAUUAAGAAAAGCCAAACUUUUGGCAGAUGUAUUUGGUUUAAUGUUAAAUUCAGAUGAAUUAACAGAAAUACAUAAAGAUUUAGUAUCAGUAGCUGCUGAUUCCGUAGAAGAUGCUAUUUUUGAAAGAAUAGUGAUGCCUAGUCCAAAGAGUAAUCUAAUCCAUAAUGAACAAUCUAAUAAUUGCGAUAGUCAUACUGUUGAAACGCAAGUUAUAUUUUAUCUUUACGAAAGUUAUCGUCGUUUGAAACAUUAUGAGGAUAAUAAAGAAUUAAUUGAUUAUAUUGAUAAUUUAAAACUUAUUGUAUUAAGACAUGUUGGCAUAGCAUUACAAGAGCCAAAUUUAUUCAAUGAUCAGGACGUUUAUUACCAAUUCGUCACCUUGUUUAUGGAAGAUUCAGUCGAUUUAUCUGAAUUUUUUAAAGACUUAAUAUCAGAACUUAAUUCAUCAAAUGAAGAUACAUUUGAAGAAGUUAUUAAAAUAUCUUUUACUCCUAUUCUUAAUAUUAUUCAUCAAGAAGCAGCUCAAAGCACUCUUGUAGGAUUUCGUGAACAUUGGUUCACUAUUCUUAAUAUGUUCUGCAAUCAUGAAACUUUAGCUGAAUUACUUUUAGAAUAUAAUACACCAAAGUCUAAUCAAGGUAAAGAUUAUGAGAAAACAUUGUUCGGUACAUUUUUCUGUUUGAAUUGUUUAUCGAAAGCAGUAAAUCCACGAAAUGAUUUUUACUCUAAGUCAUAUGAGCAUAGUGAUCCAAUCAAGUCUAGCAUAUGGGUAGCUUUGGGUGCACUAACUGAUUGUGUAGAACACAUUUUCCAUUCUUUAUUGAAAUUGUCUCCAGAAAUUCGUCACAUGACUUUACAAUGGAUAGGUGAUUGCCUUCAUGCGAAUGCAAAUAGAGGAAAGCUAUGGAAUUCUCAUAAUGAGAUUAAUUUUGGUCCAUCAUUAAAUGCGUCAGAUGGAUUUAUGUUAAAUUUUGGAGCUAUGUUAUUGCAACUUUGUCAACCAUUUUGUGUCAAAACUAAGGAGAUGAAGUUUCCUAAAAUUGAUCCAACGUAUUGUGCAGCUGAGCCUGCAGAUGAAGAUGAAAGUUUUAGUCGUGGAUUACAUAUAAAAGGAUUAUCCCAAGAAACUUGUUUGAUACCAACACCAGAAGGUCAAUCAAGGCCAGUAUCAAAGUUAUUUUCUUUUACAACAGAAUGUUUCUUUUUAACACAUCGUGCAUUGGAUCUUGGAUAUAGAAUUGUUAUAGAAAAACUUCAAAGAGCGCAACAAGAUUUAUCUCUUAUUCAACAAAGGUUGGAUAAUUCGGUAGAAAAUGUUCCUCUUAAUCGAAGUUUUAAUAGAAUGAUUUCACAACAAAUGGAAGUGGCAAUGACAAAAUUCCUGACUUUAAAAGCAAGUUUAUGUCCUCCUAAAAUGUUGAGUAAUCUAGCCAAUUUCUAUGCGACAACAGCACAUUGGAUAAUACAAGUAAAUUUAGAUAAUGUAUACGAAUUACACGGAGAAGAUAGUAAUGAUGAUUAUAUACCAAAACAACAGAAAAAACUCAGUUUCCCUUUGUCAGAAAAAGUUCCAAUUACUUUAAGAUGCAUUCCUGAAUUUGUUGUGGAAAAUACAGUUGGAUUCUUAUGUUUCUUACGAGAAUUCAGCGCAGAGACUUUUGAAGAACAAGGAAAAUCUUUUUUGAAUCCAAUAAUGACAGAACUAAUAUUAUUAAUGGAUGAACAUCGUCUUUAUAAUCCUCAUCUACGUGCACGAUUAGCCGAAGGAUUAGGAGCACUUUUACCACCUUCUGAUGAGGAUCUUCCUCUGAGAGCAUUCCAUAGGCAACAGUUAUUUAAAACCCAUCAACAUGUUUAUCAAGUAGUUGCUCAAUUACUUCAAGUAUUCGUUAGUAUUGAAAUGACUGGACAGAGUGUACAAUUUGAACAAAAGUUUAAUUAUCGUCGACCUAUGUAUACUAUCAUGCAUUAUUUAUGGGAACUACCUAGACACCGUAAGAAAUUUAUUGCUUUAGCUAAAGAUGCUGAAGCCAAUAUGGAAGCUGUACGCCCACCAUUGUUUCUACGAUUUAUCAAUCUUUUGAUGAAUGAUGCUGUUUUUUUGUUAGACGAAGCUCUUUCUAAUAUGGCACAAUUAAGGAAAAUGAUACAAGCAAGGGAUAAUGGAGAAUGGGAUAAAUUACCUCCAAACGAACGUAUUCAACAAAGGAAUUUCCUUCAUCACGUAGGCACAAUUGCACAAUUUGAUAAUAUCUUAGGCAGAAAAACUAUACAGACGAUCAAAAUGUUGACGUCUGAAAUAAAAUCGAUUUUUUGUCAUCCUACAAUGGUUGAUCGGAUAGCUUCGAUGCUUAAUUAUUUACUAUUGCAAUUAGUUGGACCUGAUAAAAACAAACUUAAGGUCGAUGAUCAAGAUGGAUAUGGAUUCGAACCAGCGAAUUUGGUGUUAGAUAUAUGUAAAAUUUAUGUCAAUUUGAGUGAAAACAAAUCAUUUACAUUAGCCGUAUCUCAAGAUGGUCGUUCUUAUAGCCCAAAGCUUUUCAAAUCAGCUGAUCAAGUGCUUCUUCGCAUAGGUGGCUUUGAUAUAUUAGGAGAAUUAAAUCAAUUUGCCAAAAAUGUAGAAAAAGCUGCUACUAUAAAAAGAAAAGAAGAUGAAAUAUUAACAGAAGCUCCAGAAGAAUUUCUCGAUCCUAUUAUGUCAACCCUUAUGAUCGAUCCAGUUAUUUUACCUUCGUCAAAAAUAACUAUCGAUCGACGAACCAUUGCCAGGCACUUAUUGAGUGAUCAAACAGAUCCAUUCAAUCGUUCUCCCCUUACUAUGGAUAUGAUAAAACCUAACACAGAAUUGAAAAAUAAAAUAAAGCAAUGGGUAUCGAAUAAAAAGGCGGAAAAUGUAAUACAAAUUUUAUAAUGUUA